AGGUAAGGGACGGAUGGACAAGUGUCCUGUCUACGUGUACUGACCCAUCCGGCCCCACCAUGCCGUUACGGCGCUGGCAAACAGACCACAACUUAGAGACGAUCUCCAGCAGCAGCGAUCGUAUGGCAGACUUGUUUAUUACUCAGUUGUUUUUGAAUCGAAUAUGUUUGAUAUCUUCUUUACCCAAGAUCGGAAAACAUGGUCUGCUGCUCCUCGCUUUCUACGCUAGGCACAAUUGCUGUUUCAUGUCCAACUGUCGUCUCCGACAGCCAAAGACGCCGGCUUGGCGAGUGGCUCACCUGCCUUAACGAGCCAAUCCCGUUUCAGGGCUGGAGCAGCACUUGCCGGAUUCUCUCCACGAAGCAGUCAUCUGAUUGGCCAGGUGGCUUUGCUAAAGCUUACCACCACCGGGGUCUGUUCCAUGUCACCAGUUGUCCUUUUGGCAGAGAACAGCUUGCAGUUGCCCGAGUACAAAAAAAGCCACGACUACGCCAUGCCCACGGCGCAGACAUCGCCCUCCAACGACAAGAUACCAAUUGAGGCCAGCUUUUGUUCUGCACGUGGCCGGACGACCGGUCUUUUUCGUUGGAUUCCCUUCGUUCCGCUGGAUUUUUAGUUACCUGGGUAAGUCGUGUUAUCCGU